CAAGUGCGCAUCGUUGCUACGCAGAGGAAGCGAGAUUUUUCACCUGCUCGAUUUUCGUCGUGCGCUCACACAACACGGAAUUGUUUUGAUUUUUCCGCUCUCGAGGCUGGCAGCCGGGAAAAGCGUCGCGCGUGUGUCAUCGACGGCGGAGGAAAACCGUGCCGCUGAGGUGUGUGAGAAUCUGCAACGGAGAGUGGGAGAGUGGGUGAAAAAAAGAAAAAUCACAGUGAGCCACAAGUAAGUGAGCAAAGCGAAUACACACGAGUGGUGUUGUUCUUGUUCUUUUCCCGUGUGUAACGCUCAGUGGAUUACUAGGAUCGGGCUUGUGCAAACUGGAAACUCUCAGAUACUCGCGGCUUUGGCACCGAACCCAGUGAAAAGUUGAAGCUCGCCGCGCCGAUAUUUUUAGUUAUUUACAGUUUUUGUUUGUUUUUCCGAAAUUUCCUUUUUCCGUUCGCUGUGUUUCACGUGCUGCAGUGUACAUAGGGCGCUAGAAUUGGCCUGUUUUUUGUUGUUCCCGGGAUAAAUAAAAAAGAACAAGUAACACUAUGUUGUAAGGACACAAAAGACAAUUAUUAUUGAUGUUGUAAUAAAACAUUUUCAAUAUCUCUAUCGACGGUGUUUUCGUGUCUGGGAUGAAACACUGCACUUUUUAUGGUUGGAGCAAAACCGGUUGCUAGGAAAGUGUGACCCGCACGUGCAAUCAACCAGAGCAAGUUGUGGAUAGUGUUGUGUUCAGAUCAUUCCUAAUAACUUUGCCAAAAUUAUGACGUUUAGUUAGACUGCCGCAGUAUAACAGUCAUCCAACGACGGAACAGGACACACGUACAUCAUGCUGGCUCUUGCAAGAACAACUUGUAGCCCUUGUCCGUCGAGCAGCUCUGACAGUUGUUGUAACGGCGUGUAACGGAAGGAUCGUUCAAUGCUGCAGUACUGUGCGAUUGUUGAAGCAGCCAGCACCUCCCAUGUGAACCUUCGAGAAUCGUUUCAACUUCUGUUCCGUUGUGUUGUUUUGUUCUGUUGUUACAAUGAAUGAUUAGUGGAAUUUUAUUAUUUGCCGGCUAGAAGGCGCACAAAAACCAGAUCGCACGCGUGACAGUGUAGUGAAAUUGUUAUAAAAAUAUUGUUUUCGAAUUCGGUCUCUAGCACGACCUCGACUACAUAGCCGAAGUGUUUAGUGAAACAUUCCGGCCAUAGGAUCGCCAGUACUGCGGAAAGUGGAGGCGAGAGUGCGCGAAUACACACACUCUCUCUCUCUCGCACUCACAGGACGACGUCAGAUAAUAUGGCCGCGUAUGCUCAAUUUGGUUACACAUAUCCGUCGGCAAGUCAGUUGUUGGUUGGUGGUGGACAGACGACAACAGCCAGUUCACAGUCACCAAUCUCGGCCACGAACGCUCCGUCAUUGAGCCCGGGUGGGUCGGCAACAGGCGCGCCAUCAGGUGCCUUAAGCCCCGGGGCUGUCUCACAAACCUCAAACAAUGCGCCACCGGCAACCUCCUGCUGUGAGAAUGGUAGGCCUAUUAUGACCGAUCCUGUAUCAGGACAAACUGUAUGCUCCUGCCAGUAUGACUCGGCCCGGUUAGCCCUGUCCAGCUACUCCCGGAUACCGACCGGAAGUGUUGGAGUUUACGGCACACCUUACCCCUCAACCGAGCAGAAUCCGUACCCGAGCAUCGGUGUAGAUAGUUCAGCAUUUUAUUCACCUCUUAGCAACCCGUAUGCUUUAAAAGAAAGUGGACCAACUAGUGAUAUGAGCGCGUGGACAUCAGCGGGUCUGCAGCCAACGACCGGAUACUACCCGUACGAUCCGACACUGGCCGCCUAUGGGUAUGGCGCUGGUUAUGAUUUAGCGGCCCGCAGAAAGAAUGCAACCCGCGAGUCAACCGCAACGCUGAAGGCGUGGCUCAACGAACACAAAAAGAACCCGUAUCCGACCAAGGGCGAGAAAAUUAUGCUGGCGAUCAUUACCAAGAUGACGCUGACACAGGUGUCCACCUGGUUUGCAAACGCACGCCGGCGGCUGAAAAAAGAGAACAAGAUGACGUGGGAGCCCAAGAACAAGACGGACGACGACGACGACGCGAUGGUGUCUGACGACGAGAAGGAUAAGGACGACAUGGAUCCGGACAAGAGUCGUGAUCAUAAAGAUAUGCAUCACCACGUGAAAGCUGAGCACGAGAAGGAUGACGAUGACGAUGAUCUCACCGACGACGAACGGAAGCCGGAAAACUUAAUGGGGCAUCCGGGACAUUUGGGGCAGCACCAUCCGUACUACCACCAUACGAUGCUCGGGGGACACCACCACCAUUCAGGACUCAAAUCAGAAUUGGACCAUCCAAAAAACCAAACGGGCAGCGACUGUGGAGUGCCGAUUCCAGCCUCAAAGCCGAAAAUCUGGAGUCUAGCAGACACAGCCGCUUGCAAAACCCCACCGCCACAGGCACUGCACAGCUCUUGGAUGACCGGCGGCUAUCACCCAGGGCAGCAUCAUCAGCAACAGCAUCAACAGCAGCAGCAACAACAGCAGCACCACCAUCUACAGCAACAGCACCUCCAGCAACAGCAGCAACAUCCGCACCAGCAGCAACAUCCGGGCAGUGGGAUGAUGAUGGGCGACGCAAAUUCCCCUAUGAAUAUGAAUAUGGCAAAUACGCCACCCAACCCAGGUAUGGGGACUAUGGGCAGUGGUAUGAUGAACAAUUUCGCGAAUACCCCUUAUUCCCGUUAUGGGGGGUUUCUAACCGGAACUCAACAUUACAAUACUACCCACAACAACAACAACAACAACAGCAACACCAACAACAAUAUCAACAGCAAUACGACUACGGGUCAGGUGACGGAUGCUACAACUCCCACUUUGCAACAGCAGCAGCAUCCACUACAAGGAAUGCAUCAACAACAGCACCCGCUGCCUCAAUCCCAGCAACCUAUGAACACCAACAACAAUUCCCAGUCGAUGGGGUUUCCAGAGGUCCAGACCGACACCCCACCUCAAACCCCUCCGAAUAUGAAGCUACCCAGCGUGGCGGGGAAUCUUCUUACAGCCUCAACAACCCCUACGACCGGUACCUGCUAUAAUGGCACCAACAACGGCAACAGUAGCAACAACAACAAUAACAACCUCACCCCAAACAAUAACAAUCUAAACCAGACGAAUGGCUACGCGUCGUCGCCGGAAUCGAUGGGACAAUCUGGUAAUCAGCCAGGACAAACACAAAAUAGCUACUAUCGGAUGCAAUCAAAUUCACCACAGAAAGACUAUUCGCAGCAAAUGCUUCAUCAACAAGACGGCUUUAAGCCGUUCUACAAAAACUCACCACAAGUUGGUAACGGAUUCGUUUCUCCGGUCUAAAUAGCAACAGUAGUCACACCCUGCCAGGAAGAUCAGAGCUAAAUAAAACUUUCGAUUGGAGUUGGAUGUGGAUUGCAGUACGACCAUACAUUUAAAUUUCCUAUCUCCGACGAUUGCUAUAAGCAAAAUAAUUUGGAGGUUUUUACAACUCAGCAAAAUGAAAACAUCACCUGAGCGCAGUGUACCCAACCGCAGACAAGAACCACUCAAGCGGGCCUCACCGGAGAAUCACCAUCCAAUCUGAAACAGCAGCAGCAAAGCAACCCUUGGUAACUUGGUGGCGACUGGAGAGUGCAACAAGUUUUCCACUCACUCUCCCGUGUAACGCCGGCUGGAUGCAACAAUAAUUUUCUCGGCACUCAACCGUUUGUUUUCGUUUUCUGGUCUCAUCCCAUGCGCAAAAUCGCUCCUGCUUCGAAGCCAGCAACACUACAUUAAUAAGCGUGAUCAAAAAAAAACUAUCACUACUACUAUUACUACUACCAUAAUGAAAAGAAAACGAAUUACUAACCCGAAUGAUAGGAGAAACCAAAUUUUGUUGUAUACGAGAUUAAAGGGUGAAACAUAAAAUUUAGUUGCGGAGAAGCUAAAACAGAUCGCGAAGAUAUACUACCUGUUCCAAGUGGAAACUGGGCUAUGUGCAAACAAAAAAUGUGUAUAAAAUGGAGAAUAUUUGUUUUGACGUUGUAAAACUAUUUUGCCUGUAGUCUAAUUUUAUCGACUAGCGUUGAUCACAAAAAUAAUUUUAUGGCCAAGAGAUACUUUCCUCCUGUAAAGCUAAGUGCAAUUCUUUACCCUACCUACCUAUAUUAUCUAAUUUCAGUGUAUUGCACUGUUAUCGCAAACUUCUGUAAGGAAAACAAAAACAAAUCGUUUGUUUUAAUUUUUGGCCUUGUAAUAUAUUUCACGAUAAAAGUAAAAUCGAAAAAAUGUUGAGAAACGCAUUUGUAAUCUGUGAUAACGAAAAAGUAUAUAAAAAUAUUGAACAUAUUUAACACUAACUUAAGGCACGCUGAAAUCCUUUUUAUUUUAUUUUAGUAAAAGCAAAUUUUCUCCGCGUUUCACCUUGUUUAUGAUCGCUCUAGUAGUGAGGAGGACACUACUUUUGUCUCAUAUCAGAAAACAAAAAAAAACGAAAUUAGUUUGUUGAAAACACUUUCCGCAAACGACUUCGUUGAUGUUUUGUAUAAAUGUAUUGGGAGUUAGGCGACGUGAGGUUAAAGUGAGCUAGUUCUUCAUCAGUUUGGAAGCGUAAAUGCGUCAUCGCCCUAUUGGACAAGGACGAAGCGAAUUAUCAAAUCACAACCGACCGCUGCCCCACUUUGAAAACGAUUCUUGACAUCGUUUGUAGUCUUGCUAUUGGGCAAAUUGCGAAAAUGUGUAAAUAAAUUGUUUCAAAUAUUCUUUUUUCGCUAAACUAGAAACCUUAUAGACACAUCCAGUAAACGUUAAACACAAGCUUUCGAAAGGGUUAUAUAAAAAAAUUGUACAUAGUGUCUUAUACAAGCUCUAACAUUAUCACCAAUUCAACAUCAAAACAGCGUACUUAAUACAGAAGACCGAUUCGACAAAUUGCUCAUCCUGAUUUGUAACGACAAAGUCAUCUCUAGCGAAACUUUCGAUAGCAUUUUAUGUUACUGCAUCAACAUCCAACAUUACAUAACAAACGAAGCAGCAAAUAGUCGUUAAAUCACUUACACUACAUUCAGAUUCACGCAAAUGUAAUAGGAAAUUCGUUAAAAUUGGACAAAAUAUGUUGGCGGAACUUGCUGGGUUUCCAUUGUUUUCAUUCGUACACGAAACGAAAGCGCAAAUAAAAUGGCAGAAAAUUUAUGAUAACAAUACUAUUUGAAUCAUAAUGGUAAAAGAGUCAAGCCACUUGAAUGUACACUUCUAUCUGCUAUCCGUAAAAAAAUACUAAUUGAAAUAAGAGGAACGUACAUCUAUAAUAAUAGUUAUUAUUAUUAUUAUUAUUAUUAUUAUUAAUAUUAUUAUUAUUAUUAUUACUGAACAAAGCAAACAAAACUUAUAUAGUGAAGUAAUGCAUACAGAAAACCAGAAAACACUAUAAAUUAUAUAUAUAUUUAAACGGAAAUCACUAGGCAAA